AUGGAAACGUUUUUGGAAUCAUGCCCUCGGAAUAUUAGAGAGGUGGAAGAAUCCUCCACCAGUUUGGGUUGUGGACAGGACAUAUAUGGAAACAAUCAGUACAUCUGUGUCCCAAAUUCCAACAAAACUGGACUUCUAGAGCUGUGUUUCAGAGGAGUCAUGAAAUUUAUAGAAAGGGGCAACUGUUUGGAAACUGACGGAGAAAAACUGUAUUACGUCGAUUGUCUUGGAUUUUCAUCAGGUUGUCCUGACGAAGAUUAUCAAAGCAAUACAAUAUACCAGUAUCCCGCCUGUCAAAGCAUCAAUACUGAAGAUCAAUGUUUUCUUGCCGAAUCGUCAUGUCCGAAUAUCACAGCAAAUGCUGUUACUACCAGAGGCACUACAGAAAUAUCUACACUUGGCUUAUCAACAAUCCGUAGUAGCUACAACUCAACAAUCAAUAUUCUUGAAAACAUCCUAUCGCAGGAGGAACACAACUCUACAGGGGUCAUUGUUGGCGGCCUGGCUGCUGCUGUUGUGUUAAUAUUUCUUGUGGUACUGGCCGGCGUUAUUUGGAAAUGGAAAAUGAAACAGAAAGGCAACAAACACGGACUUAUUUCAGAAAACGUGGAGAUCAGUAUACACCAAGGAGAGAAUAUUUCUAUGUUACCAGAUCAAAGACAACCAUUGCUGUCACAUACACAUACUAACGAUGAAACGAUGAAUGGACAAGAAACAUCUGUGGAGCCUGAACAACAGGGAAAUUCUAAAGAUGUCUCCGACGUUCAUAUCCAUAGUGAAACUGAGGAUUUCACAGAUGCUGUAGCUAAAAUUAAACCAAAGGAAAGAGACAAAGGUAUUGCAGAGAUCCAUGUCAAAACCAAACCACAGAAGAAAAUUCCUGAUGUCAAAAAGACGGAUAUAAAUACUGAAAUAGAGCAGAAAAAGCAUGAUGUCCGAAAGACUGGUGUAAAUAAUGAACCAAAGGGAAUAGAGCAGAAAAUCAAUGAAACUGUAGUUUAUAGUGAACACAAAAAAAGAGGGCAUGUUGUUACAGAGACUUGUGUCGAUAGUAAACUAGAGGAAACAGAGAAUGGCGAAGAAAGUUUAAGUACUGAAGAAGAAAAAGAGGGAGUCUAUAGUGAUGAAGAUGUCAUUUUUGAUUUUAAAUAUCGUGGUGAGUUAAUAAAGCAAACAGUGCACGCACUUCGUCUUGACAUUGUGGGAUAUUUGGAAUACUUACUCAUUUUAUGGUUCAAAAUGGGGGUGGGUACUAUGUAA